CACACAUAGGCUACGCCUGCUUCUACUAACACUUACAGUAAACUACUUCUUGUUUCCAUUCAGUGACAGUAAGUUGACUGACUGUUCAAGACUUCUCCCCUUCACUUCACUCUUCAGUUGACUCACUGUACAAGACCUCUCCUCUUCACUUCACUCUACUGCAGGGUGGGAGAUGCAACAAUGGCCUUUAGAACAGCAGGAAGUGUGUUGGUGGUCUUUCUCUGGUCUGUGACAGUGGUACUGGGUCAGGAUGGCUGGAGUGUUACAUACACCACUCAGAGUAUCUGUACCUUGAAGGGGUCAACAGUGGAGCUGACCUGCUCUUAUACAUAUCCCAGUGGUACAGUCACAACAACACUCUGGUUCACUAAAAUGGAAGCUGGUAUAGAACCUGAAGAUCUAGGUCAGGACCCAGAGUAUGCAGGUCGUCUGGAGUAUCAUGGAGAUAAGAAGAGAGACUGUACCCUGAGAAUCACAGACCUGAGAGAGAGAGACUCAGCUACGUACAAAUUCAGAUUACGAACAGAUCAGGAAGGAGGGAAAUAUUCUGGAAGUCCUGGAGUCUCUCUGUCUGUCACAGGUCUUCAGGUGAAGGUGAUUGGUGGACAUCAGGAUAAGACACUGACCUGUAUCACCACCUGUACUCUGACUGACAACCCCACCUACAUCUGGUACAAGAACGGACAACAUCUAGAUGAGAGCACCUCCCCCCAGUACAAAGACUCAGUCUCCAAUGACUAUGAUGCCAGUUAUUCCUGUGCUGUAAAAGGCCAUGAGGAUCUCCACUCUCCUGCAGUGUGUGUUCAGGGUCAGAGCUGCUACAGAGUGACUUACACCAAGAGGAGAAUCUGUGUCUUGAAGGGGUCAACAGUGUACAUAUCCUGUACUUAUGUUAGUUAUUAUUACACCACAUCAUCAUUCUGGUUUAGAAGUGAUAAGUCGACCCCUGAAGACCUAACCAGAGACCCAGGGUAUGCAGGUCGUGUGAAGUACACUGGAACAUACAGAGGUCCCUUCACCCUGAGAAUCUCAGAUCUGAGAGAGGAGGACUCAGCUGAGUAUCGCUUCACUUUUAAAACAGACAACUUUGAAUGGGGUCAUAGUUUCCCAGGAACAACUCUGUCUGUCACAGGUCUGCAGGUGAAGGUGACUCCUGCUGCAGAGGGACAGAAGACACUGACCUGUAGCACCACCUGUACUCUGACUGACAACCCCACCUACAUCUGGUACAAGAACGGACAACGUGUAGAUGAGCCCACUUCCCAACAAUACUCUAGUAAUACCCUAGUAGUGUUGGGUCAUUCUGUGGACAGUUACUCCUGUGCUGUAGAACACCAUGAGGACCUCCACUCUCCUGCAGUGUAUGCUCCAAAGAACACCUCAGUGUCAGUCAGUCCCUCUGGUGAAAUAGUGGAGGGCAGUUCAGUGACACUGACCUGCAGCAGUGAUGCCAACCCUCCUGUGGACAAAUACACCUGGUACAAGAAGAACGUAACCUCACCAAAAGCAUCAGGACAGAGUUACAACAUCACUAACAUCAUCUCUGAGGACAGAGGAGAAUAUUACUGUGAGGCUGAGAAUAAAUAUGGACGACUCAACUCUUCUUCUGUGUCUGUGGACGUUCAGUAUACUACAGCAUUGUUUCUCUGGGUUCCUGUGGUGGGGAUGGGGGCUGCCCUGACUGUUGGAGCUCUGCUCCUCACCAUCUACUGCUAUAUGAAGAGGAGACACACAGGAGGAAGUGAUGACACAGCAGACAGACAGAGUGUCCAUCCUGACCCCAACAGUGACAUGUACACAUCUCUGAACAUGAAGACCAGGUCACCAGAGUAUGACACCCUGGCAAAUGUGAGAGACUUGGCAGUGACACAGCCCUCAGAUACAUGCUGAGCCCUCCGAUUAUGAGAUCUUAAGAGAACCACCACAGAACCUGGACAAAAGAGAACCACCACAGAACCUGGACUGAAGAGAACAACCACAGAACCUAAACUGAAGAGAACCACCAAAGAUUCUGUACUGAAUAGAAUCUCCACAGAACCUGGGCAGAAGAGAACCACCAAAUAUUCUGGACUGAAGAGAACCACCACAGAACCUGGACUGAAGAGAACCACCACAGAACCUGGACUGAAGAGCAACAGCAUCAAACCAAAGCUAGGCCUCAUAAUGCUAUUCUCUUACUAUGAUAUUGCUUUUUAAUCUAGAAGGUUUGAGACAAUGAGCUUUAACUUUUGAGUAAGUGCUGGAAUUUAGAUUGUUCUCCUAAUGAUAAAUACAGUAUGUGCACUACCAUUCAAAAGUUUGGGGUCGCUUAAAAUGUCCUUGUUUUUGAAAGAAAAGCAAAAAAAAAGUCCAUUAAAAUAGCAUCUAAUUGAUCAGAAAUGCAGUGUAGACAUUGUUAAUGUUGUAAAUUACUAUUCUACCUGGAAAAUGCAGAUGUUUUAUGGAAUAUCUACAAAGGUGUGCAGAAGCCAAUUAUCAGCAACCAUUACUCCUCUGUUCCAAUGGCACGUUGUGUUAUCCAAGUUUAUAAUUUUAAAAGGUAAAUUAAUCAUUAGAAAACCAUGUUGUAAUUAUGUUAGCACAGCUGAAAACUGUUGUGCUCGCUGAUUAAAGAAGCAAUGAAACUGGACUUUUUUACACUAGUUGAGUAUCUGGAGCAUCAGCAUUUGUGGGUUCAUUUACAGGUUCAGCAUGUCAACUUAUCUGUUUACUAUCUGUAGAUUGUAUUGCUUAUCUUUUUUAUGGGAUUUUGCCAAUUCCAGAUUUUUUAUAUAAAGUUAUGUCUUGUCUUAGUGACACAAAAAGGAAUAAUAUUGACAAGAGCUUUUAAAUGUUUGUAUCUCUGGAGUUGUUCCUGAUGUGUUAAAAUAUGUUUUACUUUG